AUGGCACUCGACACGUGGCAGCGACAAAGCUACGAGGAAAUGACGAAGAAGUUUCAUAGCAAUAUUACUGCCAUUCAUGAAAAACUUGAACCCCCGUUUUCAGUAGACACAUUUAGACGCAUUACACGUUUGGUUUUGGCACGUGCGGAGCACAUGCCUCCUUUGAACUUUUACGAUGGCUCAUCUGUGUGGCGUCGCCCACGCCACUACCUGCGCCGCUGUAUGAAACGACCAGACCCAUCAGAGGUGUGUAUGGUGCUGCUGCUUGACUUGGUUAAUCAUUCUAACCGACCCAACUGUGGAUUGUGCGUGGGUUUGAGUUUGGUUGUGGGCGGCAAGGGUGCCAUAACACUCUACUCCAUUGUCCGCAUCAACCCGGGUCAGGGGAUUUGUCGGCACUAUAAUUUUGCCAUUAAUCGUCCGAACGCCCCCUUUUCGUUAUGGAUUUUUGCCGUUUGA